AUUUUGAAGGCGAACAUGAAUCACUGCAGUGGCGUCUCUCUGGCCGUCAUGCAGUGUGACGUCAGAGCGCUCAGCUGUCGUCAUGACGCAGGGCACGUCUGUCGGUUGGACUCUGAGUUCCACAGCGAGGAUUUCUGUUUUCCCUCCCGGACUCUGAGGCGACGAUACGCGGGCGGCAGUAACGAUGCAGUCUACCUCCUGGAGCUUCACGAGGACAGAAGGAUGAACUGUUUGCUUCUUCUCCUCUAUUCAAUGUCACUGCUUGAUUCUGCGCUCACUUUCCUUCCUGCACCGGUGAAUCUGUCUGUCAAGUCUGUCAACUUCCACCAUGUCCUGCGUUGGGAUCCCGGGCCCGGCACCCCACCAGGAGCGGAGUACAGGAUCUACAGGAUCACAGACGGGGACAGAAAACCGAAACGUCUCACUAAGACAAAGAGGUCAUCAGUGCAGCUGGUCCUUAAUAAGCCAGAGAGGAGAUAUUAUCUGGCCGUCCAGGCGUCGUACAACCACAGUGUGUCUGAACUGUCUGCCAGCAAAGAGUUCACCCCCUUCACAGACACUGAAAUAGGUGCUCCAAAACUCUCACUGGCUGGAUACGGCAACGGCAUCCUCAUCAACAUUUCACUGCCAGAACCCGACAGGAACUCCAGUGUCGAUGAUAUACAUUUAUACUGCAUCGAUUUGUACAACAUCUGGGUGAAGAGGCGUAACGAGGAAAAGAAGCAACUUUUCACGACUACGAACAGGAGUUAUAAUCUGUCCAACCUGCAGACGGGUGAAGAGUACUGCAUACAGGUGCAUCCAGACAGUACUGUCAACAGCAACACUGAGCCAUCCGCCUGGGAGUGCACCUUCACGAGCAUCGUGGGACCAAAUAAAGCACCUGUUAUUGUAGGCUCAGUUGCUUCUCUUGUGAUUAUCUUCAUCGGUGUUGGGUUGGCCUCCACGUAUCUCCUCUACUACACCGGAUUCAUCUGUAAGCUGAAGGCAACUCUGCCCAGAGCAUUAAUUGCGGCUCUGAGCGGAGGCUACACCCUCACACCAGAGAGGACCGUCCCUGACCAGAUCUCCAUUAUCCUGGAGAAACAGAGGAGGCAGAAUAAUCCCACAACACCUAAACCUGCCAGCAGGCACGCUAACUCGGAGGAGGAGGAGGAUAAGGAUGAGGAGGAGGAGGAAGAAGACGGGUUAAAUGUCUACAUGGACAGACCCACAGAUCUUUCCUCAGAUCAGAGUUCCUCUCAGGACUCAGGUGUUGCAUCAGGGAGCAGAAUGCUGGAGGUGGUGGUACCGGAGGUACAGGUCGUACAUGAGGAGCUGGAGGAAGCUGAGACCAAAGCUGGAGGAGCAGCAAAGGUUUGUUUUAUUCCUGAGGAGACUGGAGCCAGAGAAGGUAUCACAGGUGAGGAGGAGGAGGUGUGUCACAGCUCAGGCAACGUCGAUCUGUUCUCAAUCACCCUCGCCGCACUGGCUGUACAUGAGGAAGAAGAGGAGGAGUGUAUGAGAGACUCUCCCGCAAACAUUUUCAGACCAUACCAGCAGCCUGAAGCACCAGCAGACUCUGAGUUAGACGAUCAGACAGCUGUGGCAGUAACGCUGCCUGCACAGGAAGACUUCACCGGGUAUGAAGUCAAACGUGCAGACGCUUUUUCAGACUUUUUCAAAACCUGUGAGGGUGAAACACAAGAGGAGGAGGAGGAGGAAUUCUCUGGGUAUAUGAGGCACUCAUGAUAUGUUGCUCUGACUGAGUUUUAACAUCCGUCCUGAGUGACCUGAUUACAGUCGGACAGCUCAAAGUAAACACUUACGCCUCUGAAACAAAAAAAUAAAGAAUUAUUUUCAUGUGGAACAUUUGCUGAAUUUACAAGUCGGCCCAUAAAAUUAAGAAUUCAUCGUGAUCAGCGUUUCACAAAGUUUAUCAUGUUCAUCCCGAGUCAGCAGCUCACAAAAUAAGGUGAUUUGUAAAGGGAGUCUGGGAACUUUCUCCAAGAAGUAGCCUGUAAUAUUUACUGUUUACUGUAGUUACAAAGUUUGACAUAAAUAAUAACAACAAAAUGUUGUUUUCUUUUAUAGAUUUAGUGUAAAUCAUGAAAUCAGUUCAAACUGCUGCAACAAACAACUUAAUGUUUUACAUUUAAUGCCACAUUUACAAGAAGGCUUGAAUCAUUUUGAAUUUGUUGGAACUGUUUCGCUCUUCUGUAUUUUUUCUUCCACGGACGUCAGUUGAAUGUGGUCCAGGUGAUCGGAUCUCAGAGGUGUCCUACUUUUAGGUUAUUCACACCUUCCAAGGUGGUAAAGGAGGCUGAUUUUAGUGUUUCUGUGCCAUACAAGUUGAGAAAAUUGUUAAUUGUUAAGUAUCUUUUUGGUGCACACACAUUUCCAGGAUUUAUCUGAAAGGAAAUUUAUGAAAAUGUGUUAAUUAAUAAUGCUGUCUGUAUAGAUGUCUCUAUUAUUUACUGACGAGGUCGUGGUUUGAGUUCUCGUUCAUCUUGAAUCAUCUCGCUGUUUUUGUUUGUUCUGUCCUGGCUGCCAUAUUUGAAUUUCCAUAUAUCUUAUUAAUUUUGUCCGUUAUUUUAAAAAGAAUGUUUGUGUUAAUGUUCAAGUGAUAACUGUGAAACCUUUCUGAGAGGUUAAUGAUGCAGAACAGCCUGAAAAAGCCAAAGUAAUACUGUUCACCAUAGUCGUUGUUCAGUGUAAAGAUACAUAAUUUAAUGGAAAUAAUGUUUUAGAUGAUUAUUUUUUCAUGGAAGACCUUUUUUGUGUAAUUAAUAACAUUAAUAACCAGAACUCUGACACCAAAGCAGCUAAAUGGAACUCAGCCAAAAUCUGCGCUGUCAUUCAGUUAAGUCCUGCGUUAAAGGAACAGUUCACCGAAAAUGUAACGACUCAGUCCUCCUCUCCUCCUCCUGAGGAUAUAAAGUCAGGUGAAGUGUCGUAGUCUACAGAACAGUUCUGGAGCUUCAUACAACUCGUCCCAAAUUAGUUUGAAACAAUGUUGUUCACACCCAUUUUUUAAGAACAUUAGCACACACAUCAUCUGAAGUGGCUGCACGAGCUCCACAGGAAGUCGAGAGUGUAAAUAACAUAUUUUUAAAUCAGUUUGGGAAACUCAACGAGCUGUAUGGAGACAUUUUAUGUCACAGUUAUUAAGCCUGAAUCUUCAUGUUGUCUCCAUCUGCUUCAGUUUAUUAGCAGAAUGCUGCAGAACCGUUUUACUGUGAAGCUCCAGAAAUGUUCUGUGUACCAAAAGACUUCACCUGACUUCAUAUCAACAUGAGACUAAAUGUUGUAGUGUUGGGUGAACCGUUCCAGAGGAGGAUUAGAGCCACUGAAAAAAACAAAAACAAAAAUUAGUAGGUAUGUUUGCUGAACUGUUCCUUUAAAACUCAACUAUGCAAUCAUACAACCACCCUGCGUUACUCACAUGUCCCACACGUGAGUCACUCCCAUCAUUCCUACUGUUCAUAUACAGCACGGUGGCAGCAGUGAAUGUGUGAUGUCAUGUCUUCACUCUGCAGAAAUGACCAAAUCGCUGGAUAUUUGUCUCGUUGUUGUCCCACAAUGCAAUGCACAAGACUGGAAAUGGAGGCACUGACUCACGGGUGGAAAAACUUGGACCAGAGUUUUAGUGUUUUCCUGCACAUGUUGUAUCUCAUCCUGUUUUAUACAAACCCAUUAAAUCAGUCGUAAUUUGUUCUGUUUACACCUGGACCUGACAGGCAGGUGACUCCUGUAUGUUUGAUGCUACUGUGACUGAUAUUAGGUACAAAUGUAAUGUGAUUACUUUAGCCUCCAUGUUGUUGCUCGCAUGCCUCCUGAACAACAGAUGACUGAAAUUCAGAAGCUGCUCAUGUCCCUGUAGUUCCACGAGGUCACGUGAUUUCCUAUCAACAACCUCUCCAGGUGCUGCCUUCAGGAACUGCGGGACAAAUUCCAAUUACUUCUGCAGCCACAACUUAGAGCCACAAAAUGUUUUCAAAGAACUUGAGUUUUAAUUCCCCCAAACACGUGACAGCUGGAGAAUGUUUGCUGUUUAUUAAAGUGUACUUAGAUUUUUAUAUUUACUUGUUACUGGGUAACAACAGCCUUUGCUUACAACUACUUGUACUAUACAGUGUAUUUGCACCUGCAUUCACCUGUUCCACCCUUGUUUGUUUAGCUGUAUGUCUAUUUAUAUCAUGUAUUGUGAUUCAAACUCUGAUUAUAGUUUAUUGUGUAUCUUGAUAUCAAAUUUCUACCUAAAUAAAACAUAUUCAUAACGUCA